AUGGCGAGGAAAACCUAUUCCUCAUCCACAUUGCGUUAUGUUCAACCUCGUUAUUACCUAAAAAGACCUAAACGAUUUGCACUCAUCAUUCUCCUUUUCGUCUCUCUUGUAUGGUUUGUUUAUGAUCGUCAAUUACUCAACAGAGAACACCAGGAGGAUGUUUUGAGAUUAAAACAAGAGGUUACACGCUUGCAAAAAACACUGGAAGAUAUACAUGGUAAUAUGAAUGAAUCAGGAGGAGAAAGUGUUCAAAAUGGUGAAACUAUACAAAAUGAUGAAAGUAUGAAUAAAUCCAACAAGGAUGUUUCGGUUGAGGAUGAUGAUGAUCCUAUUAGUUUACAACGAAGAGAGAAAGUUAAAGAAGCUAUGCUUCAUGCAUGGUCAUCUUAUGAAAAGUAUGCAUGGGGCAAGGAUGAACUUAAGCCACAAUCAAUGAACGGUGUUGAUAGUUUUGGCGGUCUAGGGGCAACUUUAGUAGAUUCUCUUGACACAUUAUUUAUAAUGGGCCUUGAUACCCAAUUCAAAAGAGCUAGAGAGUGGAUUGCAAAAUCAUUGUAUUUCAACAAGAAUAUCGAAGUUAGUGUUUUCGAGACAACCAUAAGGGUUUUGGGUGGGCUUCUUAGUGCUUACGAUCUCUCUGGCGAUGAAGUCUUCCUAGAAAAGGCUAGAGAUAUUGCAGACAAGCUGCUGCCUGCUUGGAAUACACCUUCAGGAAUCCCUUAUAACAGAAUUAACUUGGCCUAUGGCAAUACAAAUAAUCCUAGGUGGACGCGGGGGAACAGUAUUCUUGCAGAUUCUGGUUCAGAGCAGCUUGAAUUUAUCGCCCUCUCUCAAAGGACAAACGACCCCAAGUACCAGGAAACGGCUGAGAAGGUCAUCAAAGAGCUUCGUAGAAGUUUUCCUGAGGAUGGGUUGCUUCCCAUAUAUCUUAAUCCACUAACUGGAACUAAAUCAGCUGGAGCAAUUACGUUUGGUGCUAUGGGUGAUAGCUUCUACGAGUAUCUGCUCAAGGCAUGGAUACAAGGAAACAAGACUGAAACGGUACAGUUUUACAGGGAAAUGUGGGAGACAUCAAUGAAAGGUCUGCAAAGCUUGAUUAAGAAGUCAACACCAUCAUCUUUUGUGUAUAUAUCUGAAAAGCUUGGAAAUGCACUCAUGGACAAGAUGGAUGAAUUAGCAUGUUUUGUUCCUGGAAUGCUGGCUCUGGGAUCUUCUGGCUAUGGCCCUGGAGAAGGAGGAAAAAUCAUGUCUCUCGCAGAGGAGCUUGCAUGGACCUGCUACAAUUUUUACGAGUCUUCGCCAACUAAAUUAGCUGGGGAGAACUAUUACUUUCGCAGUGGAGAGGAUAUGAAUGUUGGCACCUCAUGGAAUAUCCAAAGACCUGAAACAAUUGAGUCGCUGUUCUACCUCUGGCGUUUCACUAGAAACAAAACAUACCAAGAAUGGGGUUGGAAUAUUUUCCAAGCAUUUGAAAACAACUCUCGCACUGAGGCAGGAUACGUUGGACUCAAAGAUGUGAAUACAGGUGACAAAGAUAAUAUGAUGCAGAGCUUCUUCCUCGCAGAAACUCUCAAGUACCUCUAUCUUUUGUUUUCACCACCUUCAGUUAUCUCUCUUGAUGAAUGGGUUUUCAACACCGAGGCACACCCUAUAAGAAUUGUGACUAGAAAUGAUCAUCAAGAAAAACAAAAUAUGACCCAAGAAGAAAAAAUUCCUCAUUACUUGCAUGGUAGGAAAGAAGGUCGAAUUGAUUACAAGUAG